CAAUUCCUGAACUCACAUUGGCGCUUCCAACGCAAGAGCACGCUGUGCGUACUUUCAGCACCCAUUAGCCUAUGAGAUAGCCUAAAAAUUGUCUCACGUUCUAGGCAAUAUAAGCUCCCCUUUAAAAUAGUUACUACUGCGCUACACGUACAAAUUACCAAGUGAUUAAGGAGCCACUUAAAUAAAUAACUUUACUCAAAACAGAAGGGUGCCAAGAAGAUAGCGAGGAGAUGCUGAUAACAAAUCGGCUGCAGAGUGUGCAACUGUCCUUAUGUUGCUUGGUCUUCCUGCUCAGCUAUUUUGUUCAAUCACAUGCGUCAUCCUGCAGGUUGAGGCAGUUCCAGUGCGGGAACGGGAAGUGCAUCACGUCGAGCUGGGUGUGCGACGAUGCCGACGACUGCGGCGACGGCACUGACGAGCUGCCCGCCACGUGCUUGGCUAGGACCUGCAGGCCCACGGAGUUCAGCUGCGGAGGCCGGCUGAACCGCUGCGUGCCCAACGGCUGGCGCUGUGACGGCAAGCCCGACUGCGAGAACGGGGCGGACGAGGAGAGCUGCGAGCCCAAGAAGUGCACAGACGAUGAGUUCCUGUGUAAGAACGGGCAGUGCGUGUCCCUCUCCUUCGUGUGUGACGACGAAGCUGACUGCCUGGACGGCAGCGAUGAGGACUCUUGCCCCGCCUCCACCUGCAGCUCCACGUCCUUCCGGUGCAACAACUCGCAGUGCGUGCCGCGCCUGUGGGCCUGCGACGGAGACAUCGACUGUUCGGACGGCUCGGACGAGUGGCCGCAGAACUGCCAGGGAAAAGCCCCGCCCACCCGCACCAGGGUCUGCUCCCCGCAGGAGUUUCACUGUGGCAGCGGGGAGUGCAUCCACGCCAGCUGGCAGUGUGACGGAGGGGAGGACUGCAAUGACCACUCCGAUGAGGCCAACUGCAGCUACCCCACUUGCCGCCCGGACGAGUUCCAGUGUAGCGAUGGCACCUGUAUCCAUGGCAGCCGACAGUGUGACCUCAUGCACGACUGCAGGGACUUGAGCGACGAGCUGGGCUGUGCCCUAGCGAGAGUGUGCGAGGGCCCCACUCGGUUCAAGUGCCGCAACGGAGAGUGCAUCACCAUGGACCAGGUGUGCAACAGGAGGCGUGACUGCAGAGACUGGUCCGACGAGCCCCUCAAAGACUGCGCUACCAACGAGUGCCUGGUCAAUAAUGGUGGCUGCUCUCAUAUCUGUAAGGACCUGAAGAUUGGCUUUGAGUGUCUUUGUCCUGCUGGCUUCAACCUGGUGGACAAUAAACGAUGUGAAGACAUUGACGAAUGUGCUGAUCCGGAAGCCUGCAGCCAGAUCUGCGUCAACCUGGAGGGCAGCUACAAGUGCAUCUGUGGAGAUGGCUACCAGCUGGACCCCAUGACCAAAGCCUGCAAGCUGAUAGAUGUGGACGUCCCUUACCUCUUCUUCACCAACCGCCACGAGGUGAGGAGGAUGACCCUGGACCGCAGGGAGUACACGCGCUUCAUCCAGCGCCUGAAGAACGUGGUAGCUCUGGACAUGGACAUCCCCACAAACAAGGUCUACUGGUCUGACCUGACACAGAAGAAGAUCUAUAGCACCCACAUGGACACGGCCAACGACCCCUCCUUCCACAACACCAUAAUUGACACCGACGUCGGAGCGGCAGAGGGCAUAGCUGUCGACUGGAUCCACGGCAACAUCUACUGGACGGACAGCAUAUUCGGCACCAUCUCUGUGGCGAGCUCGGACGGAACGCGCCGCAAGACGCUUGUCAAGCAGGGCCUGGCCAAGCCCCGUGCCAUCGUGGUGGACCCAGAGCACAACUUCAUGUACUGGACUGACUGGGGCGACCCUGCCAAGAUUGAGAAGGGAGGGCUGAAUGGAGCUGACCGCACCCCACUGGUGACGGACAACAUCGUGUGGCCUAACGGCAUCACCUUGGACAUGAUUAGCCAGCGGUUGUACUGGGUGGAUUCCAAAAUGCACACCCUCUCCAGCAUUGGCGUUCAGGGGGAGGCCCGACACACGCUCAUCUUCGACGAGCACAAGCUGGCGCACCCCCUCUCUCUUACCGUCUUCGAGGAUACGGUGUUCUGGACAGACAUUGGCAACAGCGCGAUCCUCAGUGCUAAUCGUCUGACAGGAAGUGACAUCUCUGCAUUGGUGGAGAACCUGGCAUCCCCCGAGGAUAUUGUCCUGUACCACAACCACAAACAGCCUGCGGGCAAGAACUGGUGCAAGGAGAGCAAGCUGGUCAACGGCGGCUGUGAGUUCCUGUGCCUUCCUGCCCCUCAGAUCAACGCACACUCGCCCAAGUACACCUGUGCCUGUCCAGAUCACCUGACGCUGGGCCCAGACAUGAGGAAAUGUGUUCCAGCUGUUGAAACCCCAGUGACUCCCGCUAAGCCCGAUGCCCCGGCCACCACCCCCAAAGCACCAGUCAAGACCACGCCCAGAGCCCCAGCCAAGACCACACCCAAGACCCCAGCCAAGACCACACCCAGAACCCCAGCCGAGACCACACCCAGAACCCCAGCCAAGACCACCCCCAGAACCCCAGCCGAGACCACACCCAAGACCCCAGCCAAGACCACGCCCAACACACCAGCCAAGCCCACGCCCAACACACCAGCCAAGACCACACCCAAGCUACCAGACCGUGUCCCCACUACCACUGGCACCACUGCUGCCCCCACCACCACCCCUGCUGCACCCAUGCCUCGCACUUAUCCUGCCAACCCAGACACAACCCAGGUCACCCCACACCAAGACAACCUGCACGAUAUUCCAGCCCAGUCUUCCCACACCACUCUGUACAUUCUUCUGCCCAUCGCUGCCCUGUGUCUGGUGGCCAUUGGAGCUGUGCUGCUGUGGAGGCACUGGAAGCUGAAGAACACCGUCAGCAUCAAUUUUGUCAACCCUGUUUACCAGAAGACCACGGAGGACGAGGUGCACAUCCGCAGGAACAACAGCCAGGAGGGCUAUAUCUACCCAUCGAGACAGAUGGUUAGUCUGGAUGAAGACAUGCCAUGACCUAUCCUGAGAGAGACGGAUAAAACAGAUGAGAGAAAAACAAAAUGGCGGGAGGAUCGAGGUCGUGUUUUAUGAGCUGUUUGUAGGGCCUUCUUAUUCCACCUCAUUUUGGGCUAGAAACUCAGAUCCCUGCUUUUGUCAUGUGACCUCUAAAAUGGGAACCCACCAGAAGCCAAAAACCCAUCUCCUGUAAAACAGAGAACAGCACCAGAAGAAUAUCAAAGUGGCACACCAGGACCAGAGGGCGGGCAUCCACGUCUACUCUAACCUCCAAUUCCCAAAUCCACAUUAGUGAGUUCAGAGGACUGCAAGCCAAAGACCAAGAAAACCACCCCUGUUUUCUUGCACCUCCGAUGAGUAUCUGGCAAAAGCAGGACUAUCACAGAGCAGGACUAUCACAGUCCACCUGUACUUGACGUUAGAAUGCUGAACACUGUCAGCAUUUCAAUCAUGGGUCAUACUUGCAAUGUGUUACUUUAACAUUGACCUUUUCAGGCUAGUUUUUUUUAAAUACCUGAUUACAAAUGGUGGAUUUAUUUUCAUUAUGUCGAAUAUUGUUAAUAUUGUGAGGUUGUAAAUUAUGUUUUUUUUUUGUUCUCUCACAGUAAUUUGUCAUAUAUUUCUAGGUUUUGUACAUAGAAUUUCUUGCACUAUUUUUGGGAUUUUGUGUUUAAAAAAGAACGUAUUUUAGUGCUAUACCCAGACAUGUACUAAUGAAAAAUGAUUGCACCGAAUGAAAAUGACUUGAUAGUGAAUGUAAUAACCAGUAUGUGAAUAUCGUGUUAUAAAGAGAGCCAGCCGGUCACAGUUCGACGAUGUCAUCACUAACCCCUUAUCGUCCACUUUGAUACUGUGGCCUGUGCCAGAGGGCCUACUGCCCUUGGCAAGAGACCCAAUGUUUAUGUUUCGGUUAUAUAUUAAGAUAUAGCAAUUUGCGCAGAUAAGAUCUGCAGAAUGAUAUGCAAAAGCCUUAAGAACAGAAGCCUCAUUGCUUGUGAGUGUCACAAGGAAGUCAUUUGAUCUCAGGGAUCAGGAACUCAAGCUGUCUCAUUUCCGAUCUCAUUUCGUUUUUUCCUUCAUUUCGUUUUCAUCCGUCAGUCCCGGAAAGCAAACGCAAAGAGCUAAGAGUGACAGUGCGGCAGGCAACAGCGGGGCUGGUGCGCGCACCGUCAGACUGUCCGUCCACAAGUCCGCACAUUCGGGUGACCCGAAGAGCACAAGGUGAAACUUGGUGCGCGUCCUUAAUCACAUAUUUACAGAGCACGAGAUUCAUCCACUGCUCUUCUCUUAGAAACACUGCUCGUAUUUCAAUGUCGUCUUACGCGUUAGUGCAUCUCAGGUAUAGCACAUGGUAUAGUCUGGUAUAGUAGACUCUAAACAUUUCUAUUGAAAAUUCUCCUUUCCACCAUCAUUGUGGUCGUCCUCACAACAGAGUAUAAAAAAUAAUGAAUGAAUGAAUGAACUGAAAAGAGAGUUUCAAAAUGGCUGAUAAAUGAUAGUUGGGAAAGUGACAUUCAGUGACAUUUAACUUUUUUUUUCUUCUUUUUUUUGCGAAUGUGUAAAUUUUGUACAUAAGUAACAUUGUAAAUACCACUCCUUCCUCCACUCUUUGGUUCCGUGGCCAAAUCAGGCCUGUGCAUUUUAAACUGCAGUUGUACAUAAAUCACAAACUCAUUUAUUUAUUUCAAAAUGUACACACCUUAAACAAAUUUACAAAAUACUGUUUUUGUCUCCAAUUCACUUCUUUUUAGAAUGUGCCCGACUUAUCUGACCAGUUACCCUAAAAUCCAUGUCGUACAUUCUAGUAAUCAGGAUUACGUUUGAUAUCUUUGCUGAGAUGUCAGAAUCCAUCACCUCAGAGUACAUAAUUCCUCAUUCUAGCGGUAUUCUUUCAUUUUAUGUCCAAUUUUCGUGUAAAUUACGUCUGAGAUAUGUACUGUAUAUUAAUAGCAUAAACUUCGAAACUGCUCAUGGAGAGCGGCUGUUCUCGGGCCAAGAUUCCUGUUGUUGGUCUAAUGCCUUAAGGUCUGGAUUCUCAGUAUAAAAAGGGCAGAUCUAAGCAGAUGUACUGUACUUAGAAUUUAGCUAUUUCUGCGAACACUUUUGUCCCCAGCAACUCACAAAAAUGCAUUCCGCGUGGUAAGCAAGCUCAGUGAGAGACGGGUACCGUCACACAUAUCUGUCGCUGUCAAGGUGCAUGCCUCCAGACCUGUAGGGUGAAGGGAGAGAAGAACUAGUUGAUUGUUUUUCGUUGCAUUUUUAAAAAAAAUCCUCAUUUCAAUUUCACUAUUAAUGGCUUUGUUAAUAUUUCUGAUUCCUUGUGCAUUCAAAUAAAAACAAAAACACACUA